GUCGAGUCAUUAAAGGAAUCGGUUCACAAGAACGGCUCGUCCGAGCGCCAGCGAGAGAUUCAUCUCCUCAGACUGAAGUCAGAAAUGAAAGGUGUCACUCGUUCCUCUGCGUUACUCUCUUCUGCGCUGAUUCUGAGGAUAAAAGCGCGUUCCUUCUGUUCAGAGCGCGUGACAGACUUUAACUGCGUUUGACUCGAAACUUUCUGCGUGUUUCUGACAGAGGAUUUGUUCUUAAGAUGUUGUCUUUAUAUUCCCUUGCCAUUCAGCUUUCUUCUGUGAGUGUGUGUGUUCUGAGGCUCGGCUCUGACCCGGUUCCUCGGGACUCGAGCUCCGGGUGUGACUCCAGACUCAAACAGCUUCACGGACAGCAGAUGACCGUCCACCUGCCGCCCAACAUCAGCGGUCACUGGGUGUCCAGCAGCUGCGAGGUGCGACCCGGCCCAGAGUUCAUCACUCGCUCCUAUCGCUUCUACCCUGACCUCAGCUUCCAGGCACUGCAGUUCUUCUCCCAGAACCCUGAGUGCAGCGAGCCCAGCUACAGCCUGCGGAUCCGGGGCAGCGUGCGUCCGCUGCGGGGCUCCUGGCUCGUCCGUGGAGGAUCUGUGUGUGAGUACCAGCUGAGCCGCGUCCAGCUGCUGUGUCACGGCCCUGCGCUGGAGCUCCAGGAGCGCAUGCCUUCCUCCUGCGACCUGCGGCUGCCGCUGCGGCCCGGACGGAUCUACGAGCUGUGGGACGAGCGGUGGGCGGCGGGUCGUGACUGCACCCGCGGCCUGGACUUCAGCAUGCAGGAGCUGCGUCUGAUGCGUCUGGAGCGCAGCGGUCAGCAGGAGGAGCUGUUCCUGGGAGACGUUCACACGGAGAGCGCUCAGAGGAGCCUCCACCAGCCCGCAGGCUACCAGACCCCCCUGCAGAGCGCCAAGACGGAGCGCUGUGAAGUCUGUCGGAUCGUGUCUUCGGCGGAUCUUCAUCAUCCUCCGGUUCUGCCGGUCCAGCCUGAGCGUCCGGUGCGUCUGCAGGGACACUGGGUGAGCACACGGUGUGAGGUGCGUCCGGGCGUCCUCUUCCUCACCCGACUGCUGACCUUCCACGAGGACAGCCAGACCUGGAGCGGUCAGUACGACCACUUCUCUGACCCCGUCUGCCAUCACCCCACCUUCAGCAUCUCAGCCAGCGGACGCUACACCCGCGGAGCUCCAUCCACAGCCAUCAGAGGAGCCGUCCAGUUCACCUUCACCGUGACACACAUGACGGUGACACCGAUGGAUGUGGCCACCACGUCUCUGCUGAACGUCCUCCGAGGGCGAGCGUGUGGCUCCGAGGGCUCGUGGCAGCGGGGCGUCCCGCAGGACGUGACCUGGACCUCGGGCUGCGCGGCGCUGGGCGUGCGUCUGCCUCACACCGAGUACGAGCUCUUCCGCUCCGGCCAGGACUCGUCUGGACACAGCCUCCUCUACAACGGCCAGAGACCCAGCGAUGGCUCCAGUCCCGACCGGCCCGAGCGACGGCCCACCAGCUUCCAGCCGCCUCUGAGCCGCUGCAGCCGCGGGGGGCGACAGGGAGACCAGCGCUUCAGACUGAGCUCCGGCUGCGGCGCACACACACUGCAUGGACUCCUGCCCUUGAUCCUGCUGCACAGCUUCAUCUAG